AUGAGGCUCACGGACAUUUUACUCGCAUUGACUUUGGUGGUCACUAGCAGCAUGGCAGUAGUUCCACCUAGUAAAACUAUUCAAACCCCUCAAUCAAACCAGAAUCCUAGAUGCCGACCAGGACCAUCAAAUAUAUGCCAGCCGACAGUCAGUAGUCCAAACAAUGAGCGUGAAUUAAAGGAACAAACUCAGAAAAGAUAUGAAGAUUUACAGAAACGAGUGGAAAGGGCCAAGAUAAUCAUGGGACAGUCGUGCGGUAAACAUUAUAACCCCAAUAAUAAAUCUGCUUCGAGUCAAACUGGCGGAGGAUUAGGUUUAGGCUCGUUUUUUGCCAGGUUUGUGCCAGAUUCCAUCAAAAGCAUGUUUGGCAAAACUCCGGUUAGUGUGAAAAAUAGUAAAAGUUAUUCUCAUCGUUAUUGUGAACAAACAGCAAAAAUGUACAACAGAAGAGUAGCUGAAUUGGUCAAGUUCGAGGAAACUCAUAACAUUGGAUUCAUGACCAAGCUGUACAACUUUUUCCGGCGUUUUAAAAAAUAG